AUUCUCCGACGGAAGCCAACGAGAAAACAAAAAUGCUGCUUCAACUCACAUUCCUGGCUGCGAUCGCUCUGGCGACGGCUCAUCAUGGCUUCACCACGCCGUCCCGCGCCAUUGCCUUUCUAUCCACAGAAACGAUUAGAGGCAACAUCACAUUCACUCAGGUUCAAGAUGGGAAGGUCCACGUUCAGGGGGGCAUCACUGGGCUGCCUCCGGGUGAAUACGGCUUCCACGUCCAUGAGAAGGGCGACCUAAGCGGCGGUUGUGUAUCGACUGGAUCUCAUUUCAAUCCUGAACAUAAGGACCACGGUCAUCCGAACGAUGUUAACCGUCACGUCGGCGACCUUGGAAACGUGGUCUUUGACGAGAACCACUACAGCAGGAUCGACCUGGUAGACGACCAGAUCUCGCUAUCGGGUCCGCACGGUAUCAUCGGCAGGGCGGUGGUGCUCCACGAGAAAGCUGAUGAUUACGGCAAGAGUGACCAUCCGGACUCCAGGAAGACCGGCAACGCUGGCGGUCGAGUCGCUUGCGGUGUCAUCGGAAUUCUAUAGAUCUACAAAUUUCUCAUUGAAUUGUCUUAUUUAAUAAAAUAUAUAUGUAUUUUUAAGUU